GGCGCGGUGGCGCGGCCGCGCGUGCGCAGCGGGGGGUGACUUUGAGGGCGGCGGGAUGCUGAGCAAGCUGGUGGGGCCGCGCUACGUGCAGCUGCUGCAGAACUGGACUCCCACCCUCAUUACGUGGGGUGGUGUAGCUGGUACUGGUUUAAUAUGGUUCACAGACUGGAAGCUGGUUCUUCAGUAUGUUCCCUACAUCAGUGGCAAGUUUAAAACUGAAGACUAAGCUUCCCUCUAAUGGAAAUUUAUUGCUGGAUAGAAUGUUUUGGAGCCAUCCGUCCGCUGAGAUCCUGCUUUGAGGUGAACUUGAAAUGCCCAGUACAGAUUCUGCAACAGGUUGUGGUGUCCCCCUCUCUCCCAUGAACAGCUGUGACCGCUUGAUUGUGAACGAAUUUAAUUUUACUGACCAGCCUGUCUAGUACUUUUCCUCUGAUCACUUUCACAGCAGAUCUUUGUCCUAAUGGGAGUUACUUAUAAACCUGAUGUACAAAAUAAACCAAGUCAAUGAUA